GCAAGCAGCCACCAUCAUGUUUCCACCUUCUUCUUCGUCUUCUUCACCCACCUGCGACGACAACCUUAACCCUUUCCACGCCUUAACUUAUGCUCACCCACAAUCAUCUAAUUACUCCAAACAAGAUCGAAAUCAAGAUCAAGAUCAAGAUCAGUUCCUAUUCAAUCUCCCAACUCAAUUCUUCAAUGAAGACGAGCUCCCUCUGAAUCAGAUCUUCUUCCAGACUCACCUCAUGUCUGCACCCCCAUCAGAUACAAACCCUAAUUUUGCCCCCAAAUUAUCUUCAGAUGACGAUCCGUCGAAAGAGGAGGAAUCGGCUAAAUCCGACGGCCAGAAAACGACGGCGGCGGUUCCGGGGAUCGUGAGGCGGCGCAACCUCGGCGUCGUGCCGAGGAGGAGGGCCGGGAAGAAAGACAGGCAUAGUAAGAUCUGCACCGCACAAGGGAUCAGAGAUCGACGGAUGAGAUUGUCCCUCCAGGUUGCAAGAAAAUUCUUCGAUCUUCAAGACAUGUUGGGGUACGAUAAGGCCAGCAAAACUAUAGAAUGGCUUUUCACUAAAUCGAAGAAAGCCAUUAAAGAGCUCACCAAAGGCUGCAGUGCUGUUAAUCAUCAAAAUGAAAACCUUAAAGCUCCCGACGACAUUAAUGGCGAUACCAAGACUGAAUACUUUUUUUCCGAUCAGCCUGAUCCUUCGAUGAAUUUAAGUCGAUUUGAUCCGAAUUCGGAGGCCAAAUUGGAGGCCAAAAACAGUAGCAGGGAAUCGAGGGAUAAAGCUAGGGCAAGGGCAAGAUGCAGGGCGAAGGAGAAGAUGAUCAUUAAGAACCUUGAAGGAUCAUCAGCUUCAGCACAAUUACCAAACCCUAAUUUUCAGAAAUUAGGGUUUUCGAACAUCCAUCUGCUCGAAAAUGGCGAUCGUGACGACAAUUCCUACGAUCAGGAGAGGGCUUCUUCUUACACCACGGUUUUCAACACGCAGGAUCUGUCUGAUCUUGGAACCAUCGACAAAUUGCUCGAUAAUUCAACCUCGUCAGCCAUGUCUUUUCCUUGCACUCUUUCCGACUACGUCGAUCCGAAUGGCAAUCUAAUGGGGUUUUCUGGAAACAAUUGGGAUUUUUUGAGCAAUGAUCGAAUGAACUCAAUUCAGUAUGCAGUUUUCACGAACCAGGUCCAACUAGCUGCUGAUAACCCUAACUCGAUUUACAUGGCUGCUACUGCAAAUUUUCCAUGAUGAACAACAAGAUCAUCGAUCGGGUGAUUGUCUUUAAACUCUCUAUCUCUGUGUUGUAUUUUGAUCUCAGGUAUGUGUUAAUUACGUAUGGAUGGAUUGUAAGAAUUUGAUCUUGAGAUCGAAGUUAAUUUAAUUUGAAUUUGAAUCGAUCUUUAAUUCGUAUAUGAUUGUUGUGGUUCUAACUGCCAACUCCAGUC